AUUGAAGUUAGCAAGGAACGCAACCGUCAUAAUUAAUCACUCAUCAUUUCUGCUCCAUCACUAGGGAAUGGAGAUGGAACAACAGUUGGAGUGGGACGAGGCACAAAAAAUUGUGGUACAAUUCAUAUUGGCUUCCAUUGUAGCAAAGCAUUCUGAAUCUCCCUUCUUUGAAGCCCCCCUGACUGUUCCUCUUGAUUGUGAAUGGGUCUGGCACUGUCACAGGCUCAAUCCACUACAAUACAUCUCUGACUGCAAGAUGCUUUAUGGAACUAUUCUUGAUAACAAUCAUGUGGUCUCUUCUACUAAAGGAAUGCCUAAAGGGGAAACAGAAAAAGUGUGGAAACAAUUGUAUCCUAGUGAACCGUUUGAGUUGGAGGUAGGAAGAGCUCUUUCUCGCCAUGAACCUUCACAAACAACUGAUCAGCAUAUAAAGUGCAG